AUGUGCGGAACGCCUUCUAUAGUAGCACCCUCGAGCUUUGUCCCCUGUUUUGUUGGAGAUGUGGGCUUGGUGCCGUGGCACCCGUCGCCGCGCCCCACCUGCCCUACUUUCAGUCGAGUCAGCGCCCGGCCUGUGGUGCGCGAGCUGCUGCUGCGCGGGGCGGACGUGCUGUGGAAGGACGGCAACGGGGACACGGCCCUCCACAAGGCGGCGCUGGCGGACCGGCAGGUGCCGGCGGCGCCGCCGCCCUCGGGGAGAAGAACAAGCAGGGCGAGACGCCGCGCGACCUCGCCGCCUCCGACGUCGGCGUCGCCAGCGCCGAAUACGCCCUCGGCGGCGGCAGGAAGUUCCCCUUCGGGGUGCCCGCGGCCGCUUCCGGUACCGCUUCCGGCGGGACCACUUUCGGCGGGACCACUUUCGGCGCUGGUACCGCUUCCGGCGGGACCACUUUCGGCGCUGGUACCGCUUCCGGUAGGCCCACUUUCGGCGGGUGUGUUUUCGGAACUCGUACCGCUUCCGGUAGGACAACUUUCGGCGCUGCUACCUCUUCCGGUAGGACCACUUUCGGUGCUGCUACCGCUUCCGGUGGGACCACGUUUGGCGUCCCCGCUUCUCAGGCGGCGACCAUGUUUGGCCGCCCUGCAGCCAAUGCAGGUUUCUUCGGAUCCGCCUCGGAAAAUUCGCCGUCCAAGGGAACUUUGUUUGGAUCGUCGUUUGGAUUUGCCGCAUCGGCUGCUGCUGCUGCUGCUCCCAAUGUUUUGGGUAUGUCGAAUCAGGCAUUGA